AUGGUUGGGAUCUCGGUCCCCCUCCGCACUCGUGUUGACCCAGGUCUUCUGGGCAUUGCACUCGUCAUGAUGAUGGACCUGGGACUUGUACUAUCGGAGCUGGUUCAAAAUUGGACGUUACUUGAAACUUCACUGGGGUCUAUUGCACGCAUAAAGGAGUUUGCUGGAAACACCCCUAAUGAAGAGAGUAACACGGUUCUUCAAAUUCAUGAUGAAUCCCCGGAGUGGUUGACUCGCGGUGAGAUCACAUUUGUGGAUACGAGCAUUUCCUGGAAUACUUCCGAGACGAAGCCUUUACUCCACAGCAUUAACCUUCGGAUUGGUGCCGGAGAGAAGUUUGGCCUUUGUGGCAGAACCGGAAGCGGCAAAAGUACAUUGGCACUUUCACUCCUCCGCCUCAACGAGAUUGUUUCUGGCCAAAUCUUCAUCGACGGGCAAGACAUUUCCCUUAUGUCUCGAUCAUCGAUCCGACAACGCAUCAGCUGUCUCAGCCAAGAGCCUUUCUUUUUUCCUGGGACUAUCAGACAGAACGCCGACCCGCUGAGCGUGGCGUCGAGCACGCAAAUAAUCGAUGCACUGCGAUCUGUCGGCGCUUGGGACUCUAUUGUCGCAAGCCAUGGUACUACGGAUGAAGAGUUGCUGGGUUCGAUCCUAGAUGAGGGCAUUCUCUCGCAGGGCCAGAAGCAGCUAUUCUGUUUGGCCAGGGCUUUGCUGAAGAACAGCAAGAUCCUGAUUCUGGAUGAGCCAACAAGCAGUCUGGACCACGAGACGGAUGCUAAAGUGCAAAAUUACAUACGGGAGUCAUUCCGUGACUGUACCGUGAUCAUGGUAGCACAUAGAAUCCACAGUCUGCUUGACUUUGAUCAAGUUGCAGUCUUGAAUAGUGGUCAACUUGUCGAAUUGGGACAUCCCAAGGAUUUACUGGGUAAGUCGGGUGGGGAGUUUGCGAAAUUGCUGGAACUGGGAUCUUAA